CACUAAUGUAACGCCAUACUGGGAUCCCUCCACCUUGAACCACACGGAAAGCGUUGUGAGUUGCGGAAAACUGUCUGAAGCAACAUGGAGAAAGAUCGCUUGCAGAUGAGUGUGAAGCACAUAACAAUUAAGCGAAGAGGACAACAACCUCAACCGCAACGAUGCCAUGCAGAUGCUCAUUUAUUUACGUGCCCCUUCUGCACAACUGGCACAUGCAAGCCAAGACAGUACCAUCAAAUAAUGACCCAUAUAGCUGGGCAUAAACUGAGAGCUGUUGAACAUGGAGAUUAUGUGAUAUACAGCUGUAGCAUUGGCAGUUGUGGAAAGGCCAGACAUUUUCACUGCUGCCAGUGUCCCCAGACCUACAUUAAUAAAGCAGCCCUAAAAAGGCAUCUUUGCAACAUUCACCCCAUAACUACUUCCACUCCAGAACCACAACCAGUAGGUUACCAACCACAAGAACCUCCUGUGCAGCAACCAGCACCUCGUCCACCAGAAUUAUCAGCUCCUCCAGUGGUUAAGAGAAAGCAAAUCUCUGUACAGUGUCCUCACUGUAGGUUGAGUCUGAAUCGUAAAAAUUUAAAGAUACACAUUGAGCGGAAACAUCAUGAAGCCGUACAUCCUGUAACUUCAAUAUAUCAUGUACCAGCACAGUGUGUUGAUAAAAAGAAUGGGAUAUAUGUCAUUGCAAAAACAUUUAGUGGGCCCUGCGUAUUGUCAAUAAAGUGAUCCUUUUGUUGGAGGUUUGCUGAGUCAUCACUUCAAAUGUAACAUAUUUGGCCUUUAUAUCAAUGCUUGUUACAAAGUCAGUUAAAUAUCAAUUAUUUAUAUAACCUUAUAGCUGUGAAGCUACUGCUGUGAUGAGGUAAGACACACAAAUACAGUUUCUGUAAUACAGAAUUUUAAUAAAUGGCGGUAUAUGCAAAUCACAUGAAAUAUGUUCUUAUAUGGUUUUCACUGAUAUAGUCACAUGUACAUCUUCAUUGUUUUUGUACUACUUUAAGUAGAGUAACUUGACUUGUUUAGCUGCUAUAAGGUAUUGUAGCUUGUGAAGAUACAGUUUUUAAGUCUCUAGAAUUUGUUAAACACGACAAAAUCAAGGAAAAAUUUUUACUUGGAUGAAUAUUUGUGAAGCUACUUCUAAAAUGCGCCAUAGAGGUUCAGUUUUAAUUUUCACUUUGAACUUGAAACACAGCUAAGAUAAAUAAAAUAUUUUUUAUUAGAGCUAAUGUGCAUUAGAAAUGAGGCCUAUGUUUUGAUACAUAUUUUUUUUAUAUCUAGAUAGGUUUACUUUGACAUUCAUUUGACUUGCCAUGUAGAACAUUUUGUUUCAUAUGCAAAAAAAUAAUUAAAUAAAAAAUAAUUAGCAUAAAAAAUAAAAAAAAAAGAUUAUUUUUUUCACAUGCAUAUCUCACUCAGUAUAUGAUGGGCGCUUUCUAAAUACAUGGUCACAUGUCAAAAAUUAUGUACAGUUUGCUAGAUUAAAAGAUGAUGCAUCUUACCCACUGACAAAUCUCUCCACUUAUUUCUUUUAACUCUCCUAUGGUAUUCUGUCAUUUUUGACUGAAAUAAAUUGUCCUCAUUUAAUAAAAAUGGUUUCCUUUAUAUGAGCAGUACAAGACUUGGUGACUUUAACUCCAUUUGCCAUCUGAACAUAAAAAAAAUUAAAUUAAAAAAAUUGGGCUUGAUUCGAUAAGUCUUAAGUGCUUGUCACCUUUGGUAUUCUCACUCAGAAUUGACAGACCAAAAAACAAUUUUUUUUUUUUUUUUGAUCUGUCAAAUAAAAUCAAUAUAUCAGCCACAAUGCAGAAGAAAACAAACAGAAAUUACAGGGUGAGACUCUAAAACAUCCUCAGUGCAAAACAUACAGACCUCACACACAAUAAUGCACAAAAAUGAACUGGUGAGACUUAACACAGAGCCUUUUUUUCUUUAUUUUUGUACAUUUGUCAAAAAAAAAAAAAAAGCAAA